UUCAUACAGUACGCUAUUUAGAGCGAGACUGAAAGGUGUUUAUGCAUUCAUUUUAGAGCUGGAUAAAUUAGAGGCUACUUCAGAGCAUCAAUCCAGAUUGACAGUGUUGUUGGUUUGCUCUUUCCCUGGGAUAACGUCAGAGACCAACUAGACGGGUAACUCACUUGUUCCUGCUUCCUACUUUGAUAUUUUGCUUUAUAGCUACUGUACUUCAUUCCUGCAAUAUGCUAUAACUAAAUACAAUUUAAAUACAUCCUAAAAAUGUUGGAUAGUUGUAAUGCAUUGCCUGUUUCAUGUAUGCCUUACAUUGCACAAUUGUAUUGUAUGUUGAAUUGUGUUUAAAAGUCAGAAUGGUCAUACUGUCUGUGUACAGGCUCCAGAGCAGAGGCCUCUCUAACUCCAACCACCCCAUAAGUAACCCUGAUAUGGAUGGAACCAAUGACACAGAUGGGUCCAACCAGCCAGCUGAGGUAAACAUCAUGUCCACAUAAAAAAGUACAUGGCAAUGAAAUGAAAAUACUGCAAGCACCUAUAUGCUUGUUUCACGCUCGUAUGUGUGUUUUCAGGUUAAUCAGGAGUCUCCUGCCGGGCAGCAGGCCAUGGGGGGAGAUGUUGAGGAGAACAACAGCAGUGGGAAUAGCCAGAACCCUGGAGAGAGAAAAGGUGAGCCACUUUAGUCUAGUGUUUAACACCCACUGCCACUAAAGAGAACUCAUAGCUUUCAACCAUGUUCUGGAGUCUGUUGUCUGUAUGGCAACUUAAUAAAAUAAUGAGCAUGCUGAAAAAUAUAUAUUUGACAAAGGAUCUCGAAUUGAGUAAUAAUAUCACACAUUUUUCAACACACUCUGCUCAUGUUUGGUCCCAUGUUGUCCUCACAUAUAGUCUAUGGUUGUGCUCUAGCCCAAAUGCCACCGCUGAAGCCUCCCUCCACGUGGACGUCCAUGGCGAUGAAGGAGCUCAAGUCCAAGCUGCGAAUGGAGAAGGACAGUGUGGUGACAGUGAACCGAGGAAACAUUAUGACAGUGCAUAUGCCCACUGUUCCUGAGGGAAAGCGGGUGUGCUGGGAGUUUGCCACAGAUAGCUAUGACAUAGGCUUUGGAAUCUACUUUGACUGGAACCCUGUCACCAACCGGGCCAUCACGGUCCACAUCAGCGAAUCCAGUGAUGACGAAGAGGAGGAAGAUCAGCUAGAAGGUCAGUAGGCACCUCCUCUUGUUUUGAAAUUUGUUUAGUUCCAAACUAAUUUAAUACUUCAUAAUCUCAAUUUUAUUUGAAAAUAUUUGAGUAUCUUUAAUAAUAACUUCUCAUUCAUUUAGUUGAGAUUGUAAUUGUCUUUAAGACCAUUUGUGUUGUCUCCUGCAGGACUUGUCAACACAGGGGAUGUUGAGAAGGGGUCUAAAUCAUUGGCUAACUCCAACCUAGGGGAAAUAUUACCUGUGUAUCGUCAGGACAGUCACAUGGCAGUGCAAGGUGGUAGUCACGAGUAUCCAGGAGAAGGCACUUACCUUCUGAAGUUUGAUAACUCCUACUCAUUAUGGAGAAAUAAGACUCUGUACUACAGAGUGUAUUACAGUGCC